UUUGACGCCAUUUUACAGGCGAAAUUGUGUGUGUGACGCGUUGUUGUAUUGUGACAAAAAGCCAGAAAUUUUCCUCGGCUGCGAAAAGCGUCUGUUUACGGCCGGAAAACCAGAAGGAACGACCAGUGAAGAUGUCGCAACGCUUUGCACCUGGCCAAGCGCCGGUGCAAUCGCGGUACCAGCCCCCGCCGCCGGCGUCCGGCAUGCGUCCCUAUCCGCCGCCAGGCUCCACUUUUCCGCCGCGUGGGUUUCCACUGCAUCCGAACACCACGCAACCGGUGCCGGGCACGGCGAACGUGGCCGGAGUGCCGGGAGUUCCCGGUGUGCCCGGCGUUCCGGGGCCCUCGCUGCUGCAGCGCGCCGCCCAACAGCCGCCGUUCCAGAGCAGCCUGCGGGGCACAGGUGCCGCCGGCGGAGGCGUGGGAUCCGGCGGAGGGAGCAAGCGGUCUAAUGAGUCCCGCAGCAUGGGCGGCGGCGGUGGCAAAGGUGACUUUGUGACGGCCAAGAAGAAGAAGAAGCUGGCGGACAAGAUUCUGCCGCAGAAGGUACGGGAUCUAGUGCCCGAGUCGCAGGCGUACAUGGAUCUGCUGACGUUCGAGCGGAAACUGGACGCCACCAUCAUGCGCAAGCGCCUGGACAUCCAGGAGGCCCUCAAGCGACCCAUGAAGCAGAAGCGCAAGCUGCGCAUCUUCAUCUCGAACACAUUCUAUCCCAGCAAGGAGCCCACAAACGAUGGCGAGGAGGGAGCCGUCGCCUCGUGGGAACUGCGGGUGGAGGGCCGCCUGCUGGAGGACGGCAAGGGAGAUCCCAACACGAAGAUCAAGCGCAAGUUCUCGUCGUUCUUCAAGUCGCUCGUUAUCGAGCUGGACAAGGAGCUGUACGGGCCGGACAACCACCUGGUCGAGUGGCAUCGCACCCACACCACCCAGGAGACGGACGGGUUCCAGGUGAAGCGGCCGGGCGAUCGCAAUGUGCGCUGCACCAUCCUCCUGCUGCUCGACUACCAGCCGCUGCAGUUCAAGCUGGACCCGCGCCUCGCCAGGCUGCUGGGCGUGCACACGCAGACCAGGCCGGUGAUCAUCUCCGCCCUGUGGCAGUACAUCAAGACGCACAAGCUGCAGGACGCCCACGAGCGCGAGUACAUCAACUGCGACAAGUAUCUGGAGCAGAUCUUCAGCUGCCAGCGCAUGAAGUUCGCCGAGAUACCGCAACGCCUCAAUCCGCUGCUGCACCCGCCCGAUCCGAUCGUGAUCAAUCAUUUCAUCGAGAGCGGGGCUGAGAACAAGCAGACCGCCUGCUACGACAUCGAUGUGGAGGUGGACGACACGCUCAAGAACCAGAUGAACAGCUUCCUGAUGAGCACUGCCAGCCAACAGGAGAUCCAGGGGCUGGACACGAAGAUCCACGAAACAGUGGACACCAUUAACCAGAUGAAGACGAACAGGGAGUUCUUCCUGAGCUUCGCCAAGGAUCCGCAAAUGUUCAUCCAUCGCUGGAUCAUCAGUCAGACGAGGGACUUGAAGCUGAUGACUGAUGUGGUGGGCAAUCCGGAGGAGGAGCGCCGGGCGGAGUUCUACUACCAACCAUGGACGCACGAGGCCGUUUCGCGCUACUUCUUCACCAAGGUCAACCAGAAGCGGGCCGAGCUGGAGCAGGCGCUGGGCAUACGCAACGGCUAGGCGAAUGCUGUGCCCAGUCUCCGCCAGCGGUCAACUCCUGGAUUCAACGCCGACCGGCAUCCGGCAAACUCUUUUUCCUUCGCCAGUUUAGUUUAAGCUUAAAAUAUGUCCUUUUUUUCGACAAGCUGAAUUCCUCCCGUUCCACAACCGCAAUCCCAUGUCCUAAAGGCCCCUAAAUACACACAUCCAGCGCAAAUAUUGGACUCAGCAGUAAGCUAAUAAAACGGCAUACAAAUAUAGAAACCAAUCUUUGGAAGUCGA